AUGCUAAACCCUUGGAUCGCAAAUUGUAUAGGCAAACGAAAUUAUCGUUACUUUUAUUUAUUUUUAUUAUCGUUAGCCAUUUUAUGUUUGUACAUUUUUGCAUUUAAUGUAACAAAUGUUGUUUUACGAUCUCAGGAAGCAAACACAUUUAUUGAUGCUAUCAAGGAUACACCAGCCACAAUGAUCGAAGCACUCAUCUGUUUUUUUAGUGUUUGGAGUGUAUUUGGAUUAUGUGGUUAUCAUUCCUAUUUGAUUAUGAGAGGAGUAACAACAAAUGAAGAUAUAAAAGAUACUUGGAAUAGAUCGGGACAUUCGAGAACAAAUCCAUUUUCCUUAGGGAAUCCCGGUACUAAUUGCUUCGGUUCAUUAUGUGGCCCAGUUUUUCCAAGUUUGCUUAACUUACGAGGCCCAGUUCAUCCGGAAAAUCGAGUUCUAUCAACUCUUCCAUUAAAUGGUGCAACGGUACUUUAUGUUGGCACAGCUGAAAGCUGA